GUUUCAAAAAUUGUAUAGCAUAAACCCUGGUUCUACCCUCACCAUAUCUCCUAGAGUAGAGUAAGUAGUCCACAACGUUCUGAAUUUCAGAACUGAAACAGAUGGAGUUGCGCACUGCGAUUCUUCCCUCACGCUGUUCUCUUCCACCAACGUUCUCUAUUCCCACACCUCAAGCAAGUUUCACUCGUCCCCAUUCGUUAACACUCAAAACCCUUCCAUUUCCACGCUUUAACUUUCGCACCGAAGACAAAUCCGAGAGAGCAAGGGGAUUGCAACCAUGUGUGAGUAUUAGUGAAGACAGUUCCUCUGAAGUGUCGAAUGAGAACCGAAUGACUCGAGUGUGCGACAAGCUUAUUGGAGUUUUCAUGGUUGAUAAGCCCACACCAACCGAUUGGAGAAGGUUGUUGGCUUUCAGCAGAGAGUGGAACAACAUCAGACCCCAUUUUUUUGCUCGCUGUAAUGAUAGAGCUGAUGCUGAAGAUGACCCUGUCAUGAAGGAGAACCUGCUUCGUCUUGCAAGGAAGCUCAAACAGAUUGAUGAGGAUGUGCAGAGGCACAAUGAACUUAUUGAGGUGAUAAGGCAGGAUCCGUCAGGAAUCAAUGAGAUUGUCUCCAAGCGUCGUAAAGAUUUUACAAAGGAAUUUUUUGUUCACCUUCACACUGUGGCUGAAUCCUACUAUGACAAAAAAGAAGAGCAAAAUGAAUUGGCACAGCUUGGGAACACCUGCAUAGCUGCUGUACAAGCCUACGAUGCUGCAACUGAAAGCAUUGAACAGCUAAAUGCUGCAGAGUUGAAAUUCCAAGAUAUUAUCAAUUCUCCCUCACUUGAUGCUGCCUGCAGGAAGAUAGACAACUUGGCUGAAAAAAAUGAACUUGAUUCAACUUUGGUAUUGAUGAUCACCAAAGCUUGGUCAGCUGCCAAGGAGACAAACAUGGUGAAAGAUGAGGUAAAAGAUAUCCUCUAUCAUUUAUACAUAACUGCAGUUGGAAAUCUUCAGAGACUUGUGCCAAAAGAGAUUCGAAUAAUCAAGUAUGUUAUUCGAAUUGAGGAUCCUGAGGAGCAACUCUCUGCCCUCAAAGAUGCAUUUACACCUGGAGAAGAACUUGAAGGAAAGGAUGUGGAUAGCUUGUACACGACUCCAGAGAAGCUUCACACAUGGAUAAAGUCUGUGGUGGAUGCUUAUCAUUUGAGCAGCGAAGGUACCCUCAUUAGGGAGGCAAGGGAUCUGUUGAAUCCAGAGGUCAUCCAAAAGUUGGAGGAGCUCAAGAAGGUUGUGGAAAGGAAUUUCAUGUGAUUAGGAGCUUAAGAAACAUAGUAAGGCGGUUUCCCUGAUUAUACAAUUGCUGUAAGGAAGUGUCUAAUUUAGGCUAGUGUUAAAGGAUGUAGAUUUCAUUUUUUUUUUCUUCUAGAAAAAAAAUAGAAUAAGCCAAAUUAGGAAAAGAAGCUAGACCACUAUCAUAAUUACAGCAUCAAAGUUAGGUUACCUUUGCUUUUUGUUACGGUAGGAGGUGAAAAAUUGAGAGCAAAGGAAUUUGUUCUUUGCAUGUAGGAGAAAUAUUAUAUGGUAGACCCCAAAUACAAAACCUACAGCACUUGAGCCCGGCAGGAGGUGAUCUUUCAAGCAAAAGCCUAGGCAAGCCUUGGUUAGGUCACUUAUGUUGUUUGGUCGUAGAUAGUGUAUAUUAUCCCGUAUUUGUUUUAUUAUUUUGUUACUCAAAGGUCAAUUUCUUCCAGAGCAAAUGAUUACUCGAUGGAAAAUUUAUAGGGGUUGUGUUUGGUUUCUGUAUCUGGAAACAAUAUUUUUUUAUUCUGAUUGUUAUUGUUUGAAAUUUUUUAAUAUAUACAUAUAACAUACAGCACAUGCUAGUGAAAUCGGCCUAUAAAAUGCCCUAUGAAAAUGUAUAGGAUAUUUAUAAAAAUUGUAAUGGUUUUAUUGUGGCCCCUAUGAAAAUGUAUUGGAUAUUUAUAAAAAUUCUAAUGGUUUUAUUAUAGC